CGGCGCUUGGGUUCUCGUGGAGGACCACUGCGUUGCUCGUACACUCGCUUGCACCUUGGACUCAUAGAGACGAUGCUGUACAGUGUCGGGUCGACUAUGUUCCCACGAGAGAGUGCCAUUCGCUCUCGAGUUGCGAGUCGCGGACGCGAGUGCAACGUUCUCCGGUGAAAUGAAUGAGUCGACUGGCGCGGCUUGAAGGCCCGAGCUCACGUGACUCUCGUUCUCGUUUAAGAAGCCGAAACGUCACGAAGAUAGUUGAACCGGACCGAGUCGUAUAGUGAGUGUCUCUACGCCACUUUCUUGAGGAACUUUCGUACCGCGAUUAUUACGCUCGAUUUUCUAGUCAUGUCACGCGUCGCACGUCUUUGCCGGCAGACGCUUAUCGGUGCAGAAUUCGCGCGAAAUUGAUGAUCCGGCCGCCCGCGAGUGAAUAAGAUUUUUGGCUGCAAAAGUUCGCCUUUCAUCUCUUGGAAUAUAAGAUAGAACAGAUUAAGCAAAUGUCUGAAGUUUCAGCAAGUCGUAGGCUUCAAGAGAGACAUGUUUACGCGAGUCAAUUCUUAUCGCGACUGAUGCGACGGAAUUUUAAGAAGCGUUUAUUCGAAUUGCAAUCGAUUGGCGUUGACCGCGUUCGAGUAUCAGGAGAUUAAAUUGUCGAUAGUAACUGGAGUGACAAGUGGAAUCGAAGACGUCAGUUCUAAUAACUUAUGCAAGCAUCGCGAAGGACGACUUGGCGGACUUGUCGUUUUUGUGGCGUGAGCGCGUUGUUAUUCUUCAUUAAUGGGAUAGAGAAUUACCGCGAUUCAGCUCGGAUCUGCGUGCGCGUAUAACGACCUGCCUCUUCAGAACCCGUCUCGUUCGUCGCGAUUUCCUUCGGAGGGCACAUUCGCUAAAGCAGGAAUCCCACCACCGGGGAUCACGUAAUGCAGAGCGAAAAAAAUCGAAGUGCCGCGUCACGACACGUCACCAGAGCUUGUUUGCGAACGACGUAGUGAUCGAGAGACCUACAUCGUCGAAGACAUCGAUUAUCGGCUACACUCGAAAGUAAUCGGGUGCUCGAACGUGCUUUAAUCGGAGCGACAUGGCGCUCAAAGCGAGCGAAGAGGGGCAGGCGAUGCUCGGCCACGGCGUCGACGUAUACAAGAAGACGCCGAGCCUGAAGAGCGUUUGCGAGGAUAUCGAGAACAACAACAGUUUCAACAACGUCAGGAACAAUGGGGACGCGUCGCUAAAGAACGGCGAAGUGGCGGCGCACUACUCGUCAAAUAGGAAGGGAGUAUUGGCACAGUGUCUAGUAGCAGGUGCAGUAUUGCUAUUGGCGACCGGUGGCGGCAUGCCGAUUGGUUACAGCGCUAUCUUACUGCCGCAACUGUCGGAGCCCAACAGCACCGUGAGCGUGGAUCAAGAACUCGGCUCUUGGAUAGCCUCCGUUCACAGUCUGGCUACACCUUUUGGCGCGUUAGUCUCGGGCCCGCUUAUAGAGGUGGUCGGUCGACGAAACACCCUCAUGUUGUCGACGCUUCCACUGCUCCUGGGAUGGAUAAUCAUCGGCUUCUCGAAAAGCGUGACUUCUAUUUUAGUAGGAAGGGUCUUCUGUGGCGUGUCUGUGGGCGUGAUAGCGGUACCCGCGCAGGUAUUGGUAGGAGAAACUGCGGAUACGGGUCUUCGCGCCUUCCUGACGUGCGGCGGGUUCGCCGCGUACUGCUGGGGCAUUCUGUUGGUUUAUGUCCUCGGCGCCUCCUUCCAGUGGGACAUCGUGGCUUUCUGUGGCAUCGUACUUCCUGUUUUGUCCUUCAUCGCGUUCUGUCUGCUGCCCGAGAGUCCUGUCUGGCUCGUUAAACAGAAGAAAAUCGAGAAGGCUAGAAAAGCUCUUCUGUGGUUAAGAGGCGGAGAUGCGGAACAGACCAACACGGAGGUGACAAUACUGGAAAUGAGGAUAAAGGCCGAUCUGGUCGAGAAGCAAACUCAAAACAUGAACGCCUCGCUAAGGCAGCGCAUCUUCUCGGCGGUGUCCAUGAUUCGUGAUCCGAGAGUGCUGAAGCCACUGAUCAUCAUCAACAUAUUUAAUAUGCUUCAAUUGUUCAGCGGGACAUACGUUAUUGUCUUCUACGCUGUCCAUCUCGUUCAAGACGUCGGCGGCGGCAGCGUGAACCACUACAUGGCGGCGGUGGUGACGGCUGUCGUCAGAUUUGUCUUCUCCAUCGUCUCUUGCCUUAUGUUCCUCCGAACAGGCAGGCGAAUCGUAAGUAUCACCUCAGCGCUCGGCACGGCUGUGACUUCCUUGGCGCUCGCAGGAUACAUGUUCGCUAAGCAAGAAGGCUCUUCCGUGGAUUCUUACUUGCUGUCCGUGCUCUUACUGAUCUACGUGGCCGCGAACACGUUGGGUCUGGUGACGCUUCCGGCGGUGAUGACCGGCGAGCUGAUACCAAUGCGGGCGCGCGGCAUCGGCGGCGGAUGCACCUUCUUCGUCUUCAACAUGUCCUUGUUCAUAAUCACCAAGUUUUUCCCAGCGAUGAACAACGCGAUUGGCGUGAUCGGAAUCUUCACUAUUUUCGGCAUCUCCUCUCUGUUAGCGGCCCUUUUCCUUUACCUCGCUCUACCGGAAACGAAGAGCUAUACGUUGGAGGAGAUCGAGGAUUACUUCAAGCAAAGUAAUCUGCUGUGGGUGACGAGGGAGAAGACCAGUAGAAAAAACACCAUCUCGUUUGAAUAACGUUCGAACGUUUUAUCUCUGUAAACGCGUGUAAAUAAGUACAAAAUGUAACUUGCGUUAGGUGUAAUUUAUACAAUCGCGACAACUAGACUUGUAAUUAGAUAUUUUUACACGGAGAUCAGAAUUGAUUUCGCAAGUAAUGAUGUUUUUGUAUUACUAUUUUGUAUAAGGUAUCUUCCUGUAACAUGCGUUACACAAGUGAACAAACUCAAUAAGUCGUCGCGCAUAUGCCACAUGUGCGCGUGGCAAUUUUGUGUGAUUCAUGUUCAAAUAAAACAGAAUUUCCGAGAAUAA